AUGGGUUAGGGUUACUCUAAAGAUCUGGGACAUGGUGCAAGAGAUGAGACGGGUUAUGGUUGCUCUAAAGAUCUGGGACAUGGUGCAAGAGAUGAGAUUGGUUAUGGUUGCUCUAAAGAUCUGGGACAUGGUGCAAGAGAUGAGAUGGGUUAUGGUUACUCUAAUGAUCUGGCAAAUGGUGCAAGAGAUGAGACGGGUCAUGGUUACUCUACCGAUCUGGGACAUGGUGCAAGAGAUGAGAUUGGUUAUAAUUAUGCUAAAGAUCUGGGACAUGGUGCAAGAGAUGAGAUUGGUUAUAAUUAUGCUAAAGAUCUGGGACAUGGUGCAAGAGAUGAGAUGGGUUAUGGUUACUCUGAAGAUCUGGGACAUGGUGCAAGAGAUGAGAUGAGUUAUGGUUACUCUGAAGAUCUGGGACAUGGUGCAAGAGAUGAGAUGAGUUAUGGUUACUCUGAAGAUCUGGGACAUGGUGCAAGAGAUGAGAUGGGUUAUGGUUGCUCUAAAGAUCUGGCACAUGGCACAAGAGAUGAGAUGGAUUAUGAUUGCUCUAAAGAUCUGGGACAUGGUGCAAGAGAUGAGAUGGGUUAUGGUUACUCUAAUGAUCUGGCAAAUGGUGCAAGAGAUGAGACGGGUCAUGGUUACUCUACCGAUCUGGGACAUGGUGCAAGAGAUGAGAUUGGUUAUAAUUAUGCUAAAGAUCUGGGACAUGGUGCAAGAGAUGAGAUGGGUUAUGGUUACUCUGAAGAUCUGGGACAUGGUGCAAGAGAUGAGAUGAGUUAUGGUUACUCUGAAGAUCUGGGACAUGGUGCAAGAGAUGAGAUGAGUUAUGGUUACUCUGAAGAUCUGGGACAUGGUGCAAGAGAUGAGAUGGGUUAUGGUUGCUCUAAAGAUCUGGCACAUGGCACAAGAGAUGAGAUGGAUUAUGAUUGCUCUAAAGAUCUGGGACAUGGUGCAAGAGAUGAGAUGGGUUAUGGUUACUCUAAUGAUCUGGCAAAUGGUGCAAGAGAUGAGACGGGUCAUGGUUACUCUACCGAUCUGGGACAUGGUGCAAGAGAUGAGAUUGGUUAUAAUUAUGCUAAAGAUCUGGGACAUGGUGCAAGAGAUGAGAUUGGUUAUAAUUAUGCUAAAGAUCUGGGACAUGGUGCAAGAGAUGAGAUGGGUUAUGGUUACUCUGAAGAUCUGGGACAUGGUGCAAGAGAUGAGAUGGGUUAUGGUUGCUCUAAAGAUCUGGCACAUGGCACAAGAGAUGAGAUGGGUUAUGGUUGCUCUAAAAAUCUGGGACAUGGUGCAAGAGAUGAGAUGGGUCAUGGUUACUCUAACGAUCUGGGACAUGGUGCAAGAGAUGAGAUUGGUUAUAAUUAUGCUAAAGAUCUGGGACAUGGUGCAAGAUAUGAGAUUGGUUAUAAUUAUGCUAAAGAUCUGGGACAUGGUGCAAGAGAUGAGAUUGGUUAUAUGCUAAAGAACUGGGACAUGGUGCAUGAGUUGAGAUGGGUUAUGGUUACUCUGAAGAUCUGGGACAUGGUGCAUGAGAUGGGUUAUGGUAACUCUGAAGAUCAUGACACCAUGAUAGAAUUUGAGAGAGUGUAA